UAAAGCUGAUAAGUCAGCCUCUAAAACGUCCCUAACAGCAGGUAAUGUGGUGAGAGACAAGAUCGAGCUACAGCCUCCAGCAAAGCCAUGGACUCUAGUGUGCCCCUCGUCCUUUUGCUGCUCAUGUGCAGUUCAAUCAUGGUCGAAGCCCAACUCAAGGUGUAUGAUCUGCGAGCCAGCAAUCUUCCCACCGUUAUCCUGUUAACCACAGAUGCCUAUGUCACGGUGUCCUGUGGUUCUACUUCUCUGGGUAAAACAUCUGUUCGCUACAAUGACCCGAACCCCUGGUGGAACGAGGAAUUCUCCUACUUCUAUGCUGAGGAAAAUGACAUGCUGACUCUCGAGGUUUAUGACUUGGACUUGCUCUUUGAUGAUCAGCUGGGAGUCUGCCAAAGGCAGCUCAAGGUGGGAACCUAUCAGCAUGACUGCUUCCUGACCAAAGGCGGGACUCUCCAUUAUACUUAUACUCUUGGUUAAAACAAUCAGUAGGCAUGCAGAGAUUUGUAUGACAUCUGAUGUCCAUAGGCAGCCUUCAUUUACCACAGCUUAACAAUGUAGACUGUUAUAGUAGAUCUGAAAUCCAUUUUCAGGGUUUUGAUCAUGCUCACAUUAACCAAAAAAUCAAACGUCUUAAAGCCUGUAAACUCUUUCUACUAGACUUCAGUACUUGCUGCCUGUUUCACCAAUUGAAAUAAAGUUUCUUGCAACAAAA